CGCAUAUGGAAUGGGCUCUGAAAACAAGAUUCAACUAUCAAACGGGCUGCACUUUGACCGACGAACACUUGCAAUACUUGUAUGAAAAGGUCUUCGGUUCUUCGUCAAGGCAAGAUCGUUCGAUCACAUGGACGCAAUUUUGCAAGGAUAAUUUGAUCGAUCGAAAUUUCUCAUUCUUCAAUUGGUUCCACGAAGCAACGAAACUAACGCGAUUGCAUCUCAGCAAAGAAUGGGAGAAAGGGCUCAUCCAUGGUUUUAUUAGCAAAAGUAAAGCCGAAGAAAUGCUUCGCACAUGUCCUGCAGGCACCUUUUUGCUACGAUUCUCUGACAGUAAACUCGUUGGUAUAUCGGUUGCUUGGGUUGAGAACAAUGCAGAUGGAUCGCUAAACUUUGAAAUUAUGGACCCAUAUCUCAUUAAGGAUUUUGAAAUAAUCAAACCGUCUCGUUCAAUUGGCGAUUUUUUGAGAAAACUCGACGUAUGUACUCAUCUCUAUCCUGAUAAACCAAAGGACUUAGCAUUCGGUGAAUACUAUGCACCAACAGCAGCAGCAGCAGCAGCAGCAAAUAGAUGUCCGAAUGGAUACAAACCAAAAAUAGUUUGAAUCGUCAUUGAGCAAAUCCGGUACAUUCGACAAUGGAACUAAACCAUCACCUCCGUUGUGAUGGUAACGUAUGGUUAAAGACAAACAUCACUUCCCAAACAAUUUUAAAACAUGCAAAUUAACUUUUCUUAUAUAAGCGUUUUCUUCUUCCUUAUUGUUGCAUCAAAUCAAAUCAAAUCACUUAAACA